AUGGAGCGCUUCGAGACAGAUUGGGAUGGCUAUGUCAAGGAUCUACAGCAGCUCGAGAAAGAGCACGAAAAGUACCUGAAAGCCAUGCAAGAAGUGAGAAAGAUGCAAGAGAAGAACUUGAAGCUCGUGAAACAUCAAGGAUAUUUAUUGGCACAGUUGAAGGAUCAGAUGAGCAAAGUACAGCAUGGCGGAAGUGAGGCGGAACAAGAGAAGCUUCGUUCCUUCAAAACACAGAUUGAAGAAACGAAGAGCCGGCUUCAGGAAAUGCAGAACGAGCUGCCGGUCCAGAACAAUGGUUUUUAUUUGAACUUGAUACUUGGUUCUAAUCUUAACGUCUCGCUUCUAACAAGCAAUGACCGAUACAAUUACAAGCAAGAGUACGAGAAUUUCAAGUGGAAGGUGACGUUUGCCGUGCUCGUUGUUCUUGCCCUAAGCUACAUCUUUCCGUACCGGGUUCUCGAUUCGAUGGAAAACUUCAUCAUGGUUUGGUAUUACUGCACGCUAACAAUCCGGGAGUCGAUUUUGCGGAUUAAUGGUUCAAAGAUCAAGGGCUGGUGGGUGCUGCACCAUUAUCUUUCGUGCAUCUUGUGCGGCAUCCAUUUGACAUGGAAGGAUGGGCCUUGUUAUCAAGAAUUCCGUCCUCAAUUCCUGCUCUUCGUCGCCUACAUUGGUUUGGUGCAGCUGAUGCAGAGUCAAUACCAAAGUGGAUGCCUGCGCAGACUUCACGCUCUUGGCCAAGGCCAUCAAAUGGACAUCACCGUUGAGGGUUUCCAGUCAUGGAUGUUCAAGGGAUUGACGUUCCUACUUCCGUUCCUCAUCCUUGGCUAUGGCUUCCAACUCUACAAUGCCUAUUCGCUGUUCAGCCUCUCUCGUCGUUGCAGUGGGCAGUGGCAGGUCUUUGCCCUCUCACUCCUCUUUGCUAUCAUCGGCAUUGGCAAUAUGUGGACCACAACGCUUGUCAUCUUGAAGAAGAUUCGCGGCUCAAACAGCACCAGCAUAGUUCGGAAAUACCGGGAGAAGAAGCAAGAA